AUGCGUACUAUUCUCCUGACUAUUGGCCUGGCGUCUUUAACUCGUUCUGCACAGGCCUGGGGACUAUUUGGCCACCAAAUCACCGCCACGAUUGCCCAGAUCUAUCUCUUACCUUCGGCACGUGAAGCUGUUUGUAAGAUUCUUCCUCCAACCUACAAAUGUAAUCUGGCUGGUGUCGCGUCGUGGCAGGAUGAGAUCAAACAAGAUAGUGCAUACCACGAGUACUCGAAGCUCCACUUUGUCAACGCCGAAGGCGAUAAACCACCAACGAUGUGUGUAUUUGGCGAAAAAGGCUGGAUGGAGGAACGCAACAUUCUGGAGGGGAUUAUAGAUGGAGCAAGGCAUGUCGCCAAUGCUGACACUUCGCCCAUCCACCGUGACCAUGCUCUUCGGUUUUUGGUGCACUUUCUCGGAGACAUCCAUCAGCCAUUUCAUCUCACUGGUGAAGCCUUGGGUGCAAAUCAAAUCAAAGUGAAAUGGAACAAGAGAGACACCAAUCUGCACACCGUUUGGGAUGAUCAUUUUAUUGACCAUCAAGUACUUUUCGUCGAUGCUGUUGAGUACACCAACAUACUCCCGACUGCUCAUUCGGCAAACAUCUCGGAACACGAAGCGUCUCGGAACCAGAGGAUAGAGUCUGUUCUGACAGGACUGAACUACGACCCUUAUAUUCGCUAUAUCCUCAACGGCGUUUACAACCAUUGGGCUGCUGAGAGGGAGAAGUGGAUCGUAUGCCCUGAACCAAGCUUGAAUGAUACGCGCAUACACAUGAGCGUCCAAUCCGUCUUGCAAGCAGACAUUUCUCACGUUGAUGACUUUGUCAUCCCUUCCACCUUGUGCCCGUUGCAUUGGGCGGAGGAAACACACCCCUUACUAUGUACAUCCGUCUGGCCAACCAAAAGCGAAUUGGGAAAGCUAUCCGAUGAAUACGCCACUCGCAUUCGCAAAGAGUUAAUAGUCGAGAAACAACUUGCGAUGGGUGGGCUGAGGUUGGCAAGUGUACUUAACAGCUUGCUUGGAUCCGCCGAUGAGAUAAAGGAGCAUGGCAUUGUUCCAUUCUUCAAGUGA